AUGUCUGGGCACGAGGACCUUGGUCUGGAUGCCCUCCCCUUCCAUUGGGUGCGUGACAAGGAAGUGAUGCAGAACUGGAUCGACAUAAAUGCCUGGCCGCCGGUGCCGCUGCUAGACUCCCAGAAUUGCGAGGAGCUUCUGCGAUCAGGUCUUGCAGUGGUGGUGCUCCGACAUGGCCAGGACUCAGACGGCGUGGCCGCAUUGGCAACGUUCCGCCAGCGCGUGCUCAAGGAGCUGCGAGCCAACGGGCAGUUCCUCUUCGCCUCCCUGGACGUGGACUCUUCAGACUCGCGGGCGCUUGCGAGGUCCUGGUUUCCACUGGUGGCGAAGAAUUUCGAGGAUUUCUUUCCCUACUCCUGGACGCCACCUCCCGAGAUCUUUGUCUUCGCAAAGUCGAGACUGACGGGAGAUGCCAUCUUCUGGUACCAGCCAGGUUUCGCCCCAGCAGCGAACUUCACGCUCGCAGAGGUUGACGAGCUCAUGGGCCAAUCUCAAUGGUUUCAUGACAACGGAGGCAUCUCCCUGGCUCUGCAGUAUCUCUUGCGCUUCGACCGCUUCGGCGGGCGCUCGGCGCUCCACCGCUUGAUGUGGCUCUUCACGCCGUUCUGCGUGGCCUGCGGCUUGAGCUAUGUUUGGCACGGCCUUCAUCAGCUCUUCGUGGGCCUAGGCAUAUGCUCGCCCAAGACCGAGGCCGCCAGCACUUGGGAUGCUGCCUCUGAUGCCUCAGGGAAGUCGCGCAAAGCGCGGAAAGGCAGCAAGAAGACCCGAUAA